AUGGGAUCGACGCGUCCUGCGCUCGGCGCGCACAAUUAUCCCUCGGCAUUGGUUCCUUCAGCCCAAGCCUCGAUCAAAUCACAGCCCCAUCUUCACCCCUCACCGCUACCACUCCAGCCUAUUACUGAGAACCCAUUGCUUCCACUUGCUGGCACGCACAGGCCAUCACCGACCAAAGGAUUGUCCACCCAGGGCUCACAUCCCGGGCGAAAACUCGGUUUCGUUCCUAUCACCGCCCCAAACCCUCCCAUGUUUACCACCGACUCCCCUACCAAGAAGCCGCCCUUCCCUAUCUACACCCAGUCCUCCAUGCCGAUGCCACCGCAGUCGGCUCUCUUCACCACCUUUUCUAGCGUCAACCCGGAGGCCCCCAAGGAGAACUACCCACUCGAGGACUCGGCUAAUGGCAGCUUUGCCGAUUUCCCGGAACCGUCUUAUGAAUCCAAGGUCCCCAUGAAGCGCACCCUCAUGGAAGCCGCUCCACUGAAGGAGCGCCCUGUCAAGAAGCAAAAGUGCGAAGACGCGCCUAUUCAACAACUACCCGAGCCACACCAAAUGCCGACGAUCGAGGAUGACGGCACCAAGCCGCCAUACAGUUACGCGACUCUGAUCGGCAUGUCCAUCUUGCGCGCACCCAACCGACGAUUGACACUGGCUCAGAUCUACAAGUGGAUUUCAGACACGUUCUCGUACUACAAGAACAGCGACACGGGCUGGCAGAACAGUAUUCGACACAACCUCAGUCUCAACAAAGCCUUCAUCAAGCAAGAGCGGCCCAAGGAUGACCCUGGCAAGGGUAACUAUUGGGCUAUCGAGCCUGGUAUGGAGGCACAAUUCCUCAAGGACAAGCAAGUGCGACGCGCCACUAUGUCGAGUCUUCCACUCCCUGCCGUUCCGCAGAGAGAAAUCGUUCCACAACCGCAAACCGCGACCACCACAACCUGGAUGGUGCCACCUCCGCCUACGCGACAGCCUCCCCCACCCAAGGUCCCGGCUCGAAAUGAAGAUCUAUCCUCGGACGCGACUCUUCCAGCAUCUGACCCGGCAUUGCAAGAUGACGAUGAAGUUCCCCAUCCCGUGGUGCAACGCGCCGCGCCGGUUCGCUCUUCGCCACUGCAGACCAUCCGAUCCUCUCCUCCUAUUGCCCCUCCUCGAUUCUCUCGCCCAGGCACUCCUCCUACCCCAACUCACCAGGCCGGCCCUACUCCAGCUCAGCGCCCACGGAAGCGCAAGUCCAUUUCGAUGAAUGACAGUGGUUACUUCUCGUCUUUGGAGUCUUCCGCUCUGCGGCCUAACAAGGCGAGUCACAUCCUGACCUCUGAUCUGGACAUUGAGCCCCCACGCAUCAAGCGCGGCCGUGCCGAGGAAGAGAUUGCGCGCAUUCGCAGCUCUUCCCACGAUAUCAGUCCUGGCCAGCCUGCUUCCCGGAAGGAUAGCCGAACUUUGGUUGGCUCUUCCCCUCUUAGAGGCGAGUAUGUGAGCAUGCUUCCGCCACCCUUGACACCUAUUAUCAAGUUCAAGAAGCCAGCCAAGCCUCCGCCAUCGGUGUCACCUAAUACCAACCUCCGCAACCACCGUCGCAAGAUUCAACAAAUGGUCAACUCGCCUAUCAAGCACUUGGGUAUCGCUGAUGAUGAACUGCCGUGGAGUCCUGCCUUCAAUCUCCAUGAGGAGACCUUGACCCCGGCCGAUCACUUCCACACUACCUUUGAUGUCUUUGCCGAUGCAAGCGCAGACGCGUGCAUCUCAUCCGCUGCAUUCGGUUCUCCCGAGAAGCGCUCGGUGAAGCGCGCACGCAUUGAUUCUGGAAGCCAUGCACUCCUCGACAUUAGCAGCUCGUCUAUCAACACUCGACUGAGCAUGCCGUCACUCACCCGCUCUAAGUCGUCCAUCUUCCCCGAGUCUCCGUCUAAGGUGGCGGACGGAGCUCGUCUUGGUGAUACCAGCCAGGAUGACUUUUUCUCUUUCCACCUCUUUGAUGAAACCAGUGACAGCCCCACCGAGGUAGACGGUGUUGAUCUGUUGCAAGGAUUCCAGAAGAUUGGUGGUUCCAACAAAGAUGACUUUUUGAAGCCCAAGUCGCUUCAUUCGCGGCCUCAUUUGAGCAACCGCAGCAACUCUACCAUGUUCUAA